ACGUCGGUACAGUGGUAAAGGACGGUCAUGUACGUUAAAUUUAAAUUUAUCUCUUUUACCGCGUGUCUGGUAUUUCAUGAGAUUUAAUAAGUUUAAUUCAGCAGAAACAGAAUCACAGUAGUGUUUAAGCCCACUCACCUUUUCAACACAAUCAAUACAACACACAGUGGCCCUUUAAGUGGCCAUAAUCGUCUUCAGUGUAAAUUUCUCUCAAUUAUCCAACUCUUUACCAACUGUGAAUUCGGAGAGCACGAAAAAAAAGCAGAGAUUCGCACGGAAUUUCUAUCGGAACAGCGCUCGUAGUAUGUUCUCAGAGUAACGCGGGAAUUGUUGAUUUUUUCCGUUGGUCGUUCCUUGCACCGCCCGCAUUGCCCGCUGGCCUCAGCAAAUGAAUUAACCACCGAACUUCACAGCACUCUCGGAUGCGCUCCGGAACCAUCCGUUCCUUGUAGCGGGCGAACGGAUAGGACGUGAGCGGUUCGGCCUCAACUCGUCCAUUUCGUCCGCAUACGCUAAUCUGUCAAUAGCGACCGCUUUGUUCUUAAAUUUCUUUACGAAGUCCCUAUUAUCACAUCAAGAUGGGUAGGGAGGACAAAGCAACCUGGAAGUCCAACUAUUUCCUAAAAGUCGUGCAACUGCUCGACGAAUACCCGAGAUGUUUCAUCGUCGGCGCUGACAAUGUCGGCUCCCGUCAGAUGCAAACCAUCCGUAUGUCGCUCCGCGGUUCGGCCAUCGUGCUGAUGGGCAAGAACACCAUGAUGCGCAAGGCCAUCCGCGGGCAUCUGGAGAACAACCAGAACCUGGAGAAGCUGCUCAACCACAUCAAGGGCAACGUGGGCUUCGUGUUCACCAAGGGCGAUCUGGCCGAGAUCCGCGACAAGCUGACCGAGAGCAAGGUGCGUGCCCCGGCCCGUGCCGGUGCGAUCGCCCCGCUCGAGGUCGUCAUCCCGGCCCAGAACACCGGUCUCGGUCCGGAGAAGACCUCCUUCUUCCAGGCCCUGUCGAUCCCGACCAAGAUUUCCAAGGGUACGAUUGAAAUCAUCAACGACGUGCCCAUCCUGAAGCCGGGCGACAAGGUCGGCGCUUCCGAGGCCACGCUGCUCAACAUGCUGAACAUCUCGCCGUUCUCGUACGGUCUGCAGAUCCAGCAGGUGUACGAUUCGGGCUCGAUCUUCUCGCCGGAAAUCCUCGACAUCAAGGCGGAAGAUCUGCGCGCCAAGUUCCAGGCUGGAGUCGCCAACCUGGCUGCCGUGUCGCUCCAGAUCGGAUACCCGACGCUGGCUUCGGUGCCGCACAGCAUUGCCAACGGUUUCCGCAACCUGCUGGCCAUUGCCGCCGUCACCGAGGUUGAGUUCAAGGAGGCCGAAACGGUCAAGGAGUUCAUCAAGGAUCCGAGCAAGUUCGCCGCUGCCACGGCAACGACUGCUUCCGCUGCCGCCCCAGCUGCCAAGGCUGAGGAGAAGAAGGUGGAGUCCGAGUCCGAGGAUGAGGAUGAGGAUAUGGGCUUCGGUCUGUUCGAUUAAAUGCGACAGCAAGACGACGACCCACGCCGACCGCAUGCGCUAGCAGCAGGUUGGUUGUUCCCAGACGGUGUGGUUCCCUGAGCUAUAUCUACUUUGGCACGGACGUUGUAGCUGCGAGCGUAUACUCGUCAAGGCUGGGGACGGCCCAAUGGCGACACGCUGGCCAUUCUUGUUACGUACCAAAAUACGUAUUUUUCUGUGAAACCAACUGAAGCAAAGCACAUUAAAAGUAACACAAAAGCCGGUGAGUCAGAAUCGCAAGAGGAAACAAUCCGGAAACAAAAAAACAACAAGCAGUCUUUCUCAUUUCAAAGCACGCAUGUCCGAAUCAAAACAUCGAAGUAGUGAAAAUGUAACAAGAAUAAUUUAUUAAAACACAGUAGCUACUAGUUUUUAGAGUCCUC